CUGAUAGUAUCUGUGUAAUCUUGCACUGAUGAGCUGGCAUCACAUUGCUUUGAAAAGAUUCAUAUUUGAGAUCUGAUGACUAAGUGUUGGUGAGCACAGCUGCUUUAGAAUCUGAGAUAAAGGAAAGAAGGAAAACAAAUCCAGAAUUGCUAUGUGAAAACCUUGCUGACAUGUAAUGCUGUCAGAACGUUCAUAAAGAACAGAAACCUAUUCAGUGUCAAUCAGGAUGAAUAUUUAAACAACCUUCAGUCUUGAAACAAAAUGUCCCUGUGUGCAUCUUCUCACAAAGACUUUUCUCAGUUGCUGCCACUUCAGGAUAUUGGAUGCAAUAAAACAGAAAUUAAAAACUCACCUGCUGGUAUUGGCUCUCCAGUUCCCUACAGCUGUAAUCAGUCUGCAUUGACAACAGAACACAGUCCGGUCUACAUCCCUUCAUCUUAUGUGGAAAACAGGCAUGAAUAUUCUGCAGUGGCAUUCUGCAGUCCUGCUAUGAUGAAUUACAACAUAGCCAGCAAUUUUGGUGAUUCAGAGAGUGCAUCUGUGAGGCAAACAUCGAGCCCAAGUGUGUUAUGGUCUGCUCCUGGCCACCUCUCCCCUCUGACACUGCACUGUCAGUCAUCACUUCUGUAUGCAGAGCAGCCUAAGAGCCCGUGGUGCGAAGUGAGACCUCUGGAACCAGUGCUCCCUGUCGCCAGAGAGACAUUAAAAAGGAAAACUAAUGGCAAUGACUGUACAAGCCCAAUUGCAAGUAAUCCCGGCUCAAAAAGGGACGCCCACUUCUGUGCAGUCUGCAGUGACUAUGCUUCAGGAUAUCACUAUGGAGUCUGGUCAUGUGAAGGCUGUAAAGCGUUCUUUAAAAGAAGUAUUCAAGGACAUAAUGAUUACAUCUGCCCAGCCACCAAUCAAUGCACAAUAGACAAAAACAGGCGCAAAAGCUGCCAGGCAUGCCGGCUACGGAAAUGCUAUGAAGUGGGAAUGAUGAAAUGCGGCUCAAGAAGAGAACGCUGUGGAUAUCGAAUCCUGCGCCGCCAUCGUAAUUCAGAAGAUCAAGUGCAUUGCAUGGGCAAAACCAAGAAGUACAAUGAGGCUGCAACCCGUGUAAAAGAGAUCCUCCUCAGCACUGUCAGUCCAGAACAGUUUGUUUUAACUCUACUUGAAGCUGAGCCCCCCCAUGUGCUGGUGAGUCGCCCCAGCAAACCAUUCACCGAGGCCUCCAUGAUGAUGUCCCUGACAAAACUGGCAGACAAAGAGCUGGUUCACAUGAUUGGCUGGGCCAAAAAAAUUCCUGGCUUUAUUGAUCUCAGCCUCUAUGACCAAGUCAGACUCUUGGAGAGCUGCUGGAUGGAAGUUUUAAUGAUUGGUUUGAUGUGGAGAUCAAUCGACCAUCCUGGGAAAUUAAUUUUCGCACCGGACCUUGUACUAGACAGGGACGAGGGGAAAUGCGUAGAGGGAAUUUUGGAAAUCUUUGAUAUGCUCCUGGCCAUGACCUCGAGGUUCCGAGAGCUGAAACUGCAGCACAAGGAGUAUCUGUGUGUCAAGGCAAUGAUCCUCCUCAAUUCCAGCAUGUUUCCCUUGUCAGCAGAAGAACCCGAAAGCAACAGGAAACUGCACCACCUGCUUAAUGUGGUCACAGAUGCUCUGGUGUGGGUUAUUGCGAAGAGCGGGAUCCCGUCCCAGCAGCAGACGACUCGCCUGGCCAACCUGCUGAUGCUGCUCUCCCACGUCAGACACGCAAGUAACAAAGGCAUGGAGCAUCUGCUGAGCAUGAAGUGCAAAAAUGUGGUCCCAGUGUAUGACUUGCUGCUGGAGAUGCUGAACGCGCACACGCUCCGAGGGCAAAGGAAGUCCCCAGUCACACAUCCCGAGUUGGAACAAGUUUCACAUUUCCAGGUCUGAACAGAACUACGGGGCUGCCCCGUUACGCAGGCUGUCCCCAGCCUCCGUUUGUUCAAAGUUAUGGGAGAAAACUAAGCUGCUGUGAUGGGACUGCUGGAGUGUGACCUAGUGUGAGUCCUCAUCUCUUCUAGAUGUACAAUGGGAUAUCUUGGGAAAAGCUUGCGAGACGCACACCUCUGUCUGUUUCUGACAUUGUAAUAGCUGCACUUUUAUAGUGCCUUCUGUGAGACUCUUAAAAGCACCUUAUGAAAUUAAGCCUCAGAACAGUCCUGCGAGACAGGGAAUUAUCGCCUCUCCUUUUUUUGAAAGCAACUGAGACAAAGAGAUAAAGUGACCGGGUUGAGAUGACAGAGGUCUGUGUCAGGGCCAGGGGUCAGGGCUUCGCUCUCUGUGUCCCAGCCCAAUCCUGUUAAGCACUGACAAGCUGAUCUCCUCUUUCAGUGUGAGGUGGUAUGAAAUAUACAGCAGCAGUGUUUGGGACGGAUCUGCUUACCUGUGUGUGCUGGGCACUGGGGAACGCUGCUUUGCAGGUGAUGUGCACAGUGCAAAGGAGUUUCCUUUGUUCUUAAAUAUGCAAUGGCUGCACGGGCCCUUGUUUGAAGGCCGUUCUGAAUAGCUCCUUGGGCCAGUUCAGAGCGUCUUCAGAAAUGUGAAACCAAGCUUACAUUCAUAUUUUGUGAGCCUGUUCUUACUUGUGUACAGCUCUUCAGUGCUUUAAACCAGGACCAAACUGCCCCCUCCUUUCAGUCAGUGCUGACCUUUGAAAUGUGUUUCGUCUGUGAGAUUAAGAUGUUGUUUUAUAUAUUUAUUAACGAUGUUAAAUCUAUUAUAACGUUUAGGUACAAAAGGUUGCUCUGUGAACAUCGUGUGCGUUUGUAUAUGCUCUGCUAACCGGGGCUUGUGUGAUCAGCAGGGAAACGCACUGCAUUUCCUCCCCUUCUGACUGCCUGUGGGUCUGGGUCCUGCCCGCCCCAACCUGGGUGUAGGUGCAGGGGAUGGGAGGCCGAGCUGGGCCUGCUCGCCUGCUGCCUUCAGGUUUGCUGCUUGCUUGUUCUCCAAGCGCGUGACACCUGAAGCCGUUCCGUAUUUUGUACAGGAUCCUUCAGAGGUUUGUUUCACAGGCACGAUGACUUGUUUGAAUGUCACUUGGGAUGCAGGCUGAGGCCUCCCUGUGGUGCUGACUUCUGCAUGUGUUUCAGAUCCACUAAGGAACAUAAAAAGGACGAGGUAGCUCAUCUGACAACCUCAGCGAAGAGCAGGAUGGCACUGUUAGUUCCGAUUGCUGCCAAUAUUGCAUUUUGAUGUGAGCUCCAAUUGCAGUCACUAUCAGUGGAGGUGUUUAACUAUAAUACAUGCAUGUUCUUGGCCUUGCAGGUGUGGUGACAUUAAACUGGGACUACCCCAAAUGUCCAUUUUGAGCCUCAGUGUUUUGGAUGAGGGACUUUGCACCGUUGCCCCUCUGCAUGCUUUGAGUAUCUUGCAUACCCUUGAUCCUGGAGUUUUUUGAAGCCCAGGACAGUAUUUUUUACAGGAGGGGCAUAAAGCAUUGUCAGUGAGUUGCACAAAUAUCUUGUCCUGUUUUUGAUCUUGUACUAUACCAGAUGCUGCUGAUGUCUCAAUUUUUACCGGCUACCUUUCUAUUGUUUUUAAGAAAUGUAAUAUAGCAGUGCGCUUCUAAAAUAUAUAAUAUUUGCUACAAAAAAAAAAAAAAAAAGGAAAAAAUGUAAGUACAGUCUUGAAUUCAUUGGCUCCUUACUCAUUUUGAGGGAGGUUUUGCUGUGAAAAGACGUGCUUGGGUGUGAUCACCUCCCGGCCUACCCACAUUGUAGCGCUCUUUCUGAUUUUCCUUCUCCUGUGUAAUUGUUCUGUUUAAUACAAUUUUUCAAA